AUAUCACACCCCUCUUUCCUUCCUCUCUCUUUCUCCUCUUCUCCAGCUCCUCCAAUCAACACUCCGCCGCUGCUCGCACAGCCCCCCAAAACCCACAAUAAUCCCAAACUAUAAAACAAAAAUUUUCAAAUUCACCCCUUUCGAUACCUCUUUCCGCCAAAAACCCUCUCCAAACCUCAAAAUUCCGCCCUAAAAAUCUGAUCUUUGUCGCUAAACAUCAAAUUCCCGCUUCGGAAAACUCCAAUUCGGAGGUUUAGUGGUCAAUUGAUAGGAAAAAAUGGCGGAUUCGGACAACGACUCGGGCGGGCACAGCAACAGCAACGCGAGCAGCCGGGAGCAGGACCGAUUCCUGCCGAUCGCGAACGUGAGCAGGAUCAUGAAGAAGGCGCUGCCGGCGAACGCGAAGAUUUCCAAGGACGCGAAGGAGACGGUGCAGGAGUGCGUCUCCGAGUUCAUCAGCUUCGUCACCGGCGAGGCCUCCGACAAGUGCCAGAGGGAGAAGCGGAAGACGAUCAACGGCGACGACCUUCUCUGGGCCAUGACCACCCUCGGAUUCGAGGAGUAUGUGGAGCCGCUGAAGGUCUACUUGGCCAAGUAUAGGGAGAUGGAGGGGGAGAAGAGCUCCGUCGCCGGAGUUAAGGAGGGCGGCGGUGGUGGCGGCGGAGGUGGAGGUGGAGGAGGGGCGGUGAGCUCUGGUGGGGGGUUUAAUGGUGGGGGGAUUUAUGGGGGUAAUGUGAUGGGGUUUCAUCCCGGAGGGCAGAUGUACGGCGGCGGCGGUGGUGGUGGUGGAGGGGGUUUGGGGAAUAUGGGGGGAUACGGCGGCGGCGGGAGGCCGAGGUAGAGAUGGUGGUGGAGAUGGAGGUGAUCAAGAAUGAAUUGGUGACUGUUUUUUUAACCUUUUUAAAAAUCUAUUGAUUUUGUGUCUGUUGUUUGGAAUGGAUUAGCAUAACUGUUUAGUGUAAUUUGGGGAUUUGAUGUUGUUGUUGAUGAUGAUGAUGAUGAUGAUGAAGAUGAAGCAUAGAGUGAUAGAGAAAUGAUGUAAACUUGACUUUGUAUUUUGUAUAAUUUAUAAAACAGAUUCAUGUUUGGGUUCAA